AUGGCCGAACGCAUUCACCGAAUUACCAUGUUCAAGGCUCCCAAGGCUGAGGACCAACAGAAACUAAUCGCCGAGUACAAGCUGGUCGACGAGAACGGCAAGAAGGAUGGCAAGCCGUACAUCCUAUCCCUGGCCGUCGGCAUUGCAGAGAAUGACCCCCGAUCGCAGGGCUACACCGUCAUCUGCAAGACGGAGUUUGCCAGCUUGGAUGACUUGAGAUACUACGACGACAAGUGCGAGGCCCACCAGAAGCUCAAGGUCGCGGCAAAGGACCUCACCAUUGAGGGUAUCCAAACGGUGUAUUUUAAGCCUCAGCUCAUGGGAGGCUCCUCCAAGCUGUCGUAG